AUGUGGUUAUUAUAUCUUAUUGUUCUCUUAAUCAAUUAUGACGCAUGUUUUGGUAAACAAAUGAAUAUGUCGACUGGAAAAACUGCGUUGGUGACAGGAUACACCGGUGAAUCAGGCAAAGCUCUGGUGAAAGAACUAGUUCAAAACACUGAGUUCAAAAAGAUCAUCCUUGUCGGCCGCCGAAAGGUAGAUUUUACCGAAGAUGGAUACAAGCAGAAAACGGAACAACGUGAAAUUGAUUUUGAUAAGAUCGAUGAGUACGCUGAAGCAUUUCGCGGAGCUGAUGUUCACUUUUGCUGCCUUGGAACAACACGUGGUAAAGCUGGAGCUGAAGGAUUUCGUCGGGUUGAUUAUGAUUAUGUCGUCGGUGCGGCUCGUCUUGCUAAGCAGGAAGGAUGUGAACAUUUUCAUCUUGUAUCUAGUCAAGGUGCUAACGAGAAUUCGUAUUUGCUCUAUCCUCAAGUGAAAGGUCAGUCCGAAGCAGCUCUAUCGAAAAUGGGGUUUCUACGUUUGUCAAUCUAUCGACCAGCUAUGCUGAUGGUCGAUCGAACUGAGCAUCGUUUAUUUGAAGGUAUUGCACGAUCGAUUAUAAAACAUACCGUGCAGCGUAUCGCUCCGGAAUGGAUUACAACACCGAUUGAGGUUCUUGCUCGUGCUAUGUGUUACAAUUCAUUUAUAACUGGACGACCAAGUGUAGAAAUUCUUGAUAAUCAUGCAAUAUUUCGUUUGGCUGAACAAAAACCGAACGCGACAGCUGAUGGAACAAAACGUGCCGAUGAACUUUAA